UUUCAUAUUUCCAUUUCGAGCACCAGAGACUAGAGUAUCGAAUCAUUGAUCAUUCACUAUGGCCCAGGCUUCUGGUGACGAUAAUGCUUGGGAAGAGCGGUGGGCUCAAGGAAGGACAGCAUUCGACCAAUCCGCCGCCCAUCCAGUUUUCGUUAAGUUCCUAAAGUCAGAUAUUGCAAGGGAGUUAGGUGUACCGAAGAGCGGGAAAGCGCUGGUUCCGGGAUGUGGUAGGGGCUACGACGUCCACCUCCUUGCCAGUACAGGUCUCGAUGCUAUAGGCUUGGAUCUUGCCCCUACUGGAGUUGAAGCUGCAAGACGUUGGAUAGGUUCACAGCCUAGUACAUCUGGCAAGGCUGAUAUAUUGGUUCAAGACUUUUUCACGUACGACCCAUUAGAGAAGUUCGACCUUAUCUAUGAUUAUACCUUCCUGUGUGCCCUUCCGCCAUCCCUCCGACAGGAAUGGGCCCGCCAAACAACUCACCUUGCCAACAUUGCUGCCGACACAAACCCUAUACUCAUUACCCUUAUGUACCCCCUUCCACCAUCUGCCAAAUCUGGUGGGCCGCCCUUUGCACUCUCGGAGGAAAUCUACCAGGAGCUACUGAAGGAACAGGGAUGGAAGAUGGUUUGGAGUGAAGAUAUUGAAGAGCCGACGAGGAUGGUUGGAGCGCCGGGUGGAGAGAAGCUGGCAGUGUGGAAAAGGAUUUAGUAUCAUAUACAGCCGAAAUUCAUCGAACCAGGUGUUCAUCUUUAUGCACAACUAACUUUUAUCAUUUGGCAAUCUCCAAAAACUCUGUCCCUCCUCGGUACACAUCUCCUAUCUCCCAGCGUAACUUUUCUUGUCCGACAGCCGUCCCAAACCCAUUAAUGACCUCCCCCAAAAUCCUCAGUUCUUCUUCCGGCCCUAAUCCCAAACCGCCUUCCUCCUCUUCUGCACCCGCUGCUAAGUGAAACCCCAUCAUCGACGCAUCAAACAUCCCUAUCUGAUCCCUAAACCCCAUAAUGGUCCGCCUCGUAUUCUCCAAGGCUCUCACCAGGCUACUUAUUGUCCUUAUGGUCUCUUGCGUUACCAUCAAAUCCCUUUUCAUUAUUUCCCCUCUACUCAGAGGGCCUCCGACCAGUGCGCGUUUCCCACGACUAACAGCCUCUCCUAGGGCACCCCGGCUCCAAGCUGGGGCCUCAUCAAGCUCCAUCUGGUGAUCGCGCUGGAGGGAUUGUAAUUUGAGCCAUACUUCCCUUCCUAGGGCGGAUGCACGGGUGGCAUGGAUGGUAGACUGAGAAGUGAGAGAGUGAAGGGUAUCGAGGGUGGAAGUAAUGCGAUGUAGGAGGUGGUGUAGGGUUUUGGAGAGCUGUGAUGGCGAUGGGGGAUGGGCGGAGGAGAGAGAGAGGAGUAGACGGGAAAACUGGAAGGGGAGAUAAAUGAAUGACUGGUGGAUAAUAAGACGAUACUUACCUCCCAUUGAAUCCAGCUAAACUUGUCGACGCUAGUAGAGUCGAUGAAUGAAAGUUGAUCCAUCAAG